UGAGAUUUGAAAAACAAUUUUAGUAACCGUGACGAAGUGUAACCAGAAAUUCUAAAAUAAUUUUUGUCAAGUAGAUUUAAUACAUAUAUAUACAUAAUGGAAGAUACAAAUGAUACCAUGGAUGAUUCAGUGAUAGAUGUUUCGCCUACUUUAAUAGAUAUUAUCGAUUUAACUAAGGAAUCGCCAAGUUCAGUCAGAUGUUCAAGACCAUGUCAGAGAAAUGCCGAAGAUAUAUCUUCUAGUGACAAUGUAACCAGCAUUUCGGAUCAUCAUAGAAGACCUAUAUCUCCUAUUGUUUUAGGAAAUACACAAAAUACUCAAACGAAAAAUAUUAAAAAGAAAGGAAAAGUUUCUCGGGCUGCAAGCUCAAGUGAAGUUUUAACCCUUGAUGAUACUAUUGAAGAAGAUAAACCACAUUACAUAGUUCAAUCAGAUGCUAAAGAACCAGUACCUCUUAUGUGCCCAAUAUGCUUAGAAGCAUUGUCUUCCAAACUAAAACCUUAUACUACUCGUUGUGGACAUCUGUUUUGUUCAGAAUGUUUGCAGACAUUCCUUCAAACAGCUAAAAAAUGCCCAACUUGUAAAGCAACUAUAGCUUUAAAAUCUUGUACUCGUUUAUAUCUUUAAAUAUUGUAGAACAUUA